AUCAUAAUAAGCUUUGGUGGUGCAUUUCAUUUUGGCUAUCAAAUUGUGGUCACAAAUCCGUCACAAAAUGCUUUCCUCAACUUCUACAAUAGAUCUCAUGUUGCUCACUACGGAUGGAUAAUGACACCUAAUACUAUGAAGGGUACCUGGUCUAUUAUUAUUGCGAGUUUACCAUAUGGAGCAAUUAUUGGUUCAUUUGCAAUCAGCCCCAUCAGUACAAAGAUUGGAAGAAAGAAAGGCCUUUAUGUAGCACUUAUAACAAGCAUUGUUGCCAUUCUGCUAGCCAUAAUUUCAUUUCAUGUUUUGUCUUAUGAACUUUAUAUUGUGUCUCGAAUUAUUAUAGGAUUUUCAAUUAGUCUUAGUCUUGGAUUAACAGCAAUGCUACUAAAUGAAAGCAGAUUUUUACUCUUACGUGGAGAGGAAGAACAGGCUAGAAAGUCAAUAAUAUUUUAUCACGGCUGCAAGAUUGGAGCUAUAGAUCAAACUUUGAGAGGAAUUAAAGAUACAAUAACUUCAGCUGCUAAAGCUGCAUCAAUAAAGGAGGUUUUUAAAGACAAGCAUUUACGAAAGGGUACUCUUCUUGGUGUUGUUAUAUCGUUUACAACUUGCUUUAGCGGUACAACAGCCAUUUAUUCUUUUGCUGUGGAUAUGCUGAGAAAUACAGGGCUGACGCUAGAGGAGGCUGCCUACGGUAACAUCGGUUUGUGCGCAGUUAGUACGCUAAAUUGGAUUGGAUAUUUAUUAGUGGUAAUAAUUGCAAUAUUCCUUUUUGUAUUCUCAAUCGGGUUUGGUUCCUUGUGCUUCUUUAUAGCAUCUGAGUUAGUAAGUCCUUCAGCAAGAGCCGUUGCUCAAAUGUUGGCAUCGUUGGUACUAAUGGUGUGGUAA